CCUGUUCCAUACCUUGGAUUUUGACGUCCAAUAUGCGAUGAUUACAAUUCAUAGUCCAAAUUAUCAGUAUUCGAAAACGGGCCGCAUCCAAUUCAUUGUGCUCACUGAUAAUAUGUAAAACACAAAAUCGGGGAUCAGUUUAUCAAUUACGACACGACCACUACGUAAUCGUCCAAAACUCGCGCCGUCUCCAAAAAACACAAGCAAACAUCGGCAGGUUAUGAACAUCCAUCGAUAAAACAUUGGUACGAUCACAGAAGGAUAACAAGAUGAGUGUAUUUUCAAAACUACGCGACUUCUUCGGCCGGCAUCGCGGCAAAUUUAUCGUCGGUGGUGUCUUGGUAGGCGGCUCAAUCCUUCUCACCCGUUAUGCCCAACAACGCCUGAAAGACUGGCAAGAACGAGAAACGCGCGAUUUCCUGGAACGCACUAGAAAACAACAGCAUUUUGAGAGUACCGAACGAACAUGCAAUCAAACAAUCCUCAGCUUAUCAGGCACCCUUUUCAAAACGCUAAACAGCGCGAUGGACACACAGAUAAUCAUUAAUGAAUUGAAGAGUAAUCCAGAGAAUGCCAAUAAAUUGGAACUGUGGAACAGACUCAGGUUGUUGGUGUUGUCAAGGAUUACCUGCUUAAUUUACAUGUCUGUGAUGCUUGUUGUGACUCUCAGGGUGCAACUAAAUAUAGUAGGUGGAUAUUUGUUCAAAGAUGCAAAUGCAGUCAGCACACAUGUGCAGGAAACUUACUUAUCAUUGUGUAACAAUUUGUUGGAUUCUGGAUUGCAAACUAUUGCUGAUUUAGUGGAAGGACAGUUUGAUAAACUAUUGGAAAAUAUACAACUCAGCAAAAAGAUGAGGCUUCGAGAUUUUGAUAAUCUUUUCUGGUCAAUACAAACACUGGUUACAACAUGUAAUGGCAAUCCUGUAGAGAAGUUUAAGGACUAUAUCAUCACCAACAACAUUCCAAAUGAUGACUUAAUUUUAAACAAUAUGAUUCGUGAUACAGCAGAUUUGCUGGAGAGCGACGAAGUAAAAUCUCUCACAUCGCACUGCUUAAGUCGAGGAUUCACGCUGGUCAGCGAUGAACUCUCGCAUUUUUACUUGAGCAAUACCGAUAAGUCCAAGGAGGUGCCAGAAGGCACGCAGUUGAACGGAUUUGUUCAUCCUGGUGAAGUAAAAAUUCCCUUCGCGAAGGUGUUGCCUAUUAUGAACGCCAUGACAGCCAACGGUUCUCUACCGGACACUCUCAUCACGCAGCUAAUUAUGAACGAACGGUUAAAGACACUCGGUGCCAAUGUGUACGAAUGCUUCAGUGAAACUGCCUGAACUUCAUGAAUCAAAGACCAAAUGACUUGAAAUGAGCAAGACUAAAGAUUAUUUUAUAAGGCAAUGCGGCACUUUUUAUGUUUUCUUUGUGGGCGGUGGUCGGCGAGGGAUAUUUAGGGCUUUAAGACACUGUCUAAAGGUGGACAGUGGAAAGUAAUAAAUUUUUUAUAUCA